AUGGUGAACCUGUUAAUAUUUGCUUUACUGCCAAUUUACACAUUCUCUUUCACGGUGGUUCCGUACAUCCAAAUAGACUAUGCUUACUAUUUCCGAUUAGCUCAAUGUCAGGCGAAGUGUGCUGAAAAGUAUGGAGUAGCUACCAGAAGACAUCUUCUUGAUGGCAGCAUAGAAGAAUUUGUCGAAAUUCAAUCUGAAGACGGAAAAAUGUGCGAAAAUGGUUGUCAACAACUUCGCCGUUCACACAAAAAAGUUACUCGCUCCACGAAAUCGGCUUUACACGAAGGAUCUCGUUUCUGGAUGGAAAGCUCAGCUGAUUCCGCCAAAAUAGGAACGUCUCCUGUUCAUUCUGUUGAACUCUUAUGCCAGAAUCCCUCUACCAAUGACGAAAUUGAAGAGUCUGCCGAAGGCCUCAUUGGAGUCCGGCUACUUCGCCCUAGUGGACCUGUACGUUAUAUUGUGCAGUGGAAACAGCGAACUCAUGCAUUAGGCGAAUAUGACGAGAGCAAUUGGAUCACCGCAUCUAUUGAAUCUCUGACUAGAUUCCGCGUUGAAGGGCUCAUUCCUGGGCUUCAGUAUCAGUUCAAAGUCACCGUUGUAGGCCCAAAUGGUCGCCUCGGAGAUACUGUAACCAGCGUCUGGGCUGAAGUCAGUGGCUCUCCAGUUCUCAAAAUUCCUGGUGGUCCAUUGAUUGUCAAAAACGGUUACAAUUCGGAACAAGGUGUUAUUGCUAACUUGCACUGGCCACGAACAGCAUAUGAUAGCUGCCAUCAUCGACUGGAAUUUGCAAACGCCACAGAAAGAAUCACUAGAGAUAUCACCAUGGAUUCUUCGGUUUCCAUUCUUCUGACUCAUUUGGAGUUCGACAGCCCAUACACUGUCUCAAUCGCUGCUCUACCACUCCCACGAGAUGAGCUAGAGCGAAUUCCCAGCCGAGCUCUAUCUUCGAAGUUCCGUUCAUUCGAAUGCUCUAAAGUUCAUGGAAAAGGCAGCUUGAAUUGUGCACCCGAAUCAGUUGCGGAUCUUCAUGUUAGAGUUCGAUCGAAUGGGUCAGCUCUUCUUACCUGGAAAGCCUCGGCUAAUGUGGACAAUGUGCUCAUUUAUCAGAUUGAGUACUACAGCACAUCUAGCAAGGAAUAUGGCUGUCAAACCGAAACCCAGAGUGUUUAUACAAACUCUGCCAGUACCACGAAUCAGAUCUACUUAGAGGGUGAAAAGUGUGACUACACCAUCCGCUUAAUCAAUUAUGAUUUACUCGGAAGAGAAGCUGUAAGUGAAGUUCACACCCGCAUUGAACGACCUCAUAUUUCUGCUCUCUUACAAUGGGAAUAUGUUUUCGUUGCCUUAUGCAUCACUCUCAUCUUCUUCAUUAUUGUCAUACUUCGUUGUACUUUAUCCAAAAAGUGUCCUGUUCGUGUAUCAGAAAAGACGACAAAACUUACUGACUCAUACGCUUAG